AUGGAUCGCAAAGAUAACCAAUCUCCUCAAGGUGAAACAGCUCGGAUUUUGGUUGAAUUCUUGGUAGGGGCGAUCACUUCUAUUGUUUUCCUCAAAGGGGCUUACCCUUCUGGUGCAUUUGAGAGGAGGAGGAGGUAUAUGAAUUUGAUGGUUCAGAGGGCUCGCCACCCUCGGCUCAGAGAUUACAUACAUUCUGUUGUCUUUGGUCUUCUUCCUAUUAUCCAAAAGGGAAUGGUGGAGAGAGCAGCAGUUAUUUUUUUCAACACUGACGGAAUCCCAGUGGAGCGUUUUGUUUUCAAGCUUGCAGUGAAUCUGUCAUAUGGCUCAAAGGUUGAAGAAGCUGACCUGGAGUUCCCUCUUAGAUCAUUCUUAAUCAAGCUUUCGGUCUCAGAAUCUCUUACUAAGGUUCUUCCCCGCAACUACAGGUGGGAGAUAACUGCUUACUUUCGAUCCCUUCCAGAAGCUAGUGCAAACAAGGAUGUAGAGCAGUGGAUCCCAACGGACACAAGGCAGUGGGGGCAACCUCCCCUCCUGACCCCUAUUAAGUCAAUGAGUAGCGAACCUCUCUGUGUACAGUUAUAUAUAGAACAUCCAAGUUUAUCUGAACCAAAGCCUUAAAAUGGGGAAGUAUAACAACACUGUAUAUAUGCGUAUAUGUACCUUUAGGCAGUUAUGAUGCUUGACAUAGAAGUGGAAGCUGAAGGAGAG